UUCCCAUUUUCUAAGCUUUAUCCUUGACUCACCCCGCAACCAUCCUCCCCCUCCCCCCCCGGGGGGGAAGAUACUCCCAUGCGGCGAUUGAUCCUAUGUCGCUAGUCUAUGGUGAGAUUUGUACGGGAAGAAGUGAAUAUUGGUGGCACAGCACAAUUCCCACGUACAGUCACGAUGGCGGGAAUGUUGGAAAUUCACAAAUAUGCGAUCUAGUGCUUUGGCCAGAAUCUGUGUUUCACUCUUCUUGAGCCAGUCGUCUUGAGUCAUUGGCUCCAGGUAAAGGAGCAUAAAAGACCUUCCACUUCUCCUUUCCUUCCUCUCAUACCUCAUACCCUUUUCUCUUCUCACUUUUCGGAUUGACUUCUAUUCUUAUUGUCAAUUAAUUUCACUUACCUUGGAACAACAUGAGGGUAGCAAUCAUUGGAGGCGGUCCUUCGGGACUGGUUACUCUGAAGCAUUUGAUCACUGCUCAUGAAUUCUUCCCUGGCGCAAAACCAUUCGAGGCCAAGCUUUUUGAGGCAGAGAGCUCCAUCGGUGGGACAUUCAAGCAUCGUGAUUAUGAGGAUGCCGAGUUAGUCUCUUCGAGACAACUCACCACCUUCUCAGACUAUCGCUACACCCCAGAGUCCCCUGAUUUCUUGUCAACCAAGGAUUACUGCAUUUAUCUUGAGGGGUACUGCAAGAAAUUCAAUCUCUGGCCUUAUAUACAUUUGCAGACCACCGUCACUGGUAUUCAUCGUGGGGCCAAUGGCGGACAUACCAUCCAAUAUAUUGCAGCCGGAAAGUCGAGUGAGUGGCACUGCGAUGCUGUUGCUAUCUGCUCUGGGCUGCAUGUUACUCCCAAUAUUCCACUUUUGAGCGGCCUGGAGCGCGUUCCAACUGUGAUUCACUCAUCGCAGUUUAAAAGACGAAAACAAUUUGGAGAAGGUAAAGAUGUCCUGAUCGUUGGAAGUGGCGAGACCGGAAUGGAUUUAGGAUACUUGGCGAUUACUUCCAAGACCAACUCCGUAACGCUUUGUCAUCGUGAUGGCUUCCUUUGUGCUCCCAAGCGUGCUCCCGAACCAUCCUGGUUCGGCAUGAAACCCACCACAACGCUACAAGGCAAUGUCCCAUAUGAUGUUGGUGCAUCCAGUCUAUUCGAUACUGCGUAUGUCCAUCCUCUUCUUCAGGACUCGUUCCUGCCUUGGUGGUACUACGACCGAUUCGCCAAAUGGACUACAUGGCUUGUUUCGGGGACAAAAGCUGGUCUUGAUCAGUGGAUUGGUGAAAUUUCUCCUGAGAGGUUCCAUGCUUCGAAGAUCUUCUUCAACAAAUCUACCAAAGCAAUGCCCUACAUUACUUCUCAAUACCGCCGAUCCUCCAUCGGGAACACACUCCGCUCAUACAUCGCUCAAGUUCCCCUGGUACCUACCCAUGGCCGCCAGAUCGACCUAGCUCCCUGGCCGCAGUCCAUCGACGAGAAAGGCAUCGUCCACUUCACCGAGAACAGUCGCUCAGAAGCAGAGGUCAUGAGAAAGAAGAUCUGUAAACCAGAUGUCCUAGUCCUCGCAACUGGUUACACACAGUCGUUUCCUUUCUUGAACUCGAUGUACCCAAUGCCCAAGGAUGCGGACAUGAGAGCCAUCUGGAAGAAGGGCGAGGAGAGUGUCGCUUUCAUUGGUUUCGUUCGUCCUAGUUUCGGUGCCAUCCCGCCACUAGCAGAAAUGCAAGCCCAGCUCUGGGUUACCUCUCUACUUUCUCGCCUCCCAUCACCUCUGAAAGAUACAGGACAUUACAAACUCCAUCAUCGGGCUGGAAGUCGGAUUACAUAUGGUGUUGACCACGAAUCUUACGCUUACCAAUUGGCGCUGGAUAUCGGGUCCGCUCCGUCGUUCAUGGAGAUCUUGCCGAUGGGAUGGAAGAUGGUGUUGUGUUGGGCGUUGAGUGCUCAGGUUAACACCAAGUUUAGACUGGUGGGGCCAUGGAAGUGGGAUGGUGCGCAGAAUGUUAUGGAAACGGAGAUUUGGGAUACUGUUUCGCGAAGAAGAGGAUUCUUUGGGCAUUUCACUUUGAGUUUCUUGCCAAUGAUGUUGUUUGGGACGUUGAGUGCUGUUCUUUGGGUGUUCGAGGAGGUUUGGAAGUUGAUCAAGUGGGUGUGGAAGGUUCUGAUGCUGAAUUGA